CUGACGUCACAGCGCCGAGCAGGGAGACGGCAGCCAAGGCGUCCUCACUUACUGAAGCUUUUUUCAUAAAUCUGCUUUCCGUGGCGCGGAGUUCCGUGCUAUGGCGUGUUGGACAGCGCGGCAGUGGAAGUGCUGAAGAAACACGGGAUGCUGUGCAGCGAAAGAGUAGAAGAAGGGAAAGGGAACCAGCAGGUGGCGAGAACGAAUGGCUUCUCCAGUGCCGCCUUCUGCAAGCAGUGGGGAUAAGCAGCCACAUUCUCCUGCUGUCCUUGAACACCUCUCGGGUGUGCUGCAUGUCAGCAAGCCAAGAGAAUCAACAGGAGGAGGGAUCCCUGCAGAUGGCUUCUGGAACCCGGCCCGGGGCUGCAAUGCCCGCUGUCACUCAGCAGCGAGGACGGCACCGCGCAAGGCGGGCUCGGAGGUCAAACUGCGUCCCCUUGGGGAGGAGAAAGUGCGCGUCUGCUGUGACGAAGAAUUGGAGACCUCUUUCACCUACAUCGAUGAGAAUGUUAACCUGAGACUCGCCAGCUCAGAGACGAGCCUUAAAAGUUCUCAUCGAACCGCGCGCAACUGCGAGCCAUGCUCUGAAACAUUACCAGAGUUUUCCUUCAUGUCUGAGGACGACUUGUCCUUUGGAGAGGCCUCUGGGUCCACAGUGGACUACUGGUUCAUCAGUGCCGUCACGUUUUUGGUGACUGGCAUUUCCUUGGUGAUCAUCUCCUACGCUGUGCCCAGGGACAUAGUCGUGGACCGGGACACUGUCUCGGCGAGGGAGAUGGAGAGGCUAGAACUGGAGAGUGCUCGGAUUGGAGCUCACCUGGACCGGUGCGUCAUAGCCGGACUGUGCCUGCUGACCCUGGGUGGGGUUGUCCUAUCCAUGCUGCUCAUGAUCUCCAUCUGGAAAGGAGAGAUGUACAGGAGGAAAGUCAUCGCUUAUUCCAAACGUUCAGCUAAACUGUACGGCUCCAUCAGCUUGAAAACUAAAUCCAGUCCCAGUCACUCCUCUACUCAAUUGUCUCUGGAUGACAUUGUGGAAAAUUUGAACUAGACAUGGACACUUACCACAUUGUGCACACUUGACGUGCAACAUUUGAGCUUAUGCUGUACACUCUCAGAAAAAAGGGCAUCAUUGUGUCUUUGGUCUCUUGAAUUAAAUCAUUAAAUGUCCAUAUUAUAUGCGCCGGUCCUUUAAAAAGGGGCAAUACAAUAUCGGAUAGAGGUUAAUUGGCUCCAGACCCAAACGAGAUAAAUCCAUUUCCAUUUCCAAUUUAAAUAAAAUAUUUUGUAGUUAGAGCAUAGAAAACCUGUUUGGGACUUUCUAAAUCAGUUUUUUCGCAUUAUUAGAGCCAUGUAGGCAGGAAAUAACACCCCUACACGUUAUAUAUCACGUUUACCCUCCUAUUAUUCAUUGCUUACAACACAUUGUACAACACUUAUGCUGCAGGGACUCGAGACGACUGCUAGCUAGCAAGCUAACAAUGUAGCAAGCUAUCGAUCUAACCAGUUAGCCUCAAAUUUAUUUCUUCUAAACUUAAGAAGCCAAUCGCGAUAUAGCGAGGGAGCGAUAAUCGAACUGGGAUAUCGCGAGGGACGACUGUAUAUUGCUAAUAUUUCCAAAUGCCAUAUUGUUGUGAAACACCUUAAAGAUAAAGGUUGACACUUCAGUCACAUGUUGAUAUUUUUGGCCUCACAUGGAUAAAUGAACAUCACAUAAGUUUUACCUUUUACUGAAGACUUGAAGACGCCAAGGAGCACAGAAGGAGGAGAGCGGGGGAGACCAUCUUAGUACUUUGCAACACCUUCUCGAAUUGCUGGCACUCGCUACUUUAUUUGGCCUCAUGGAAGGUUAUUUAGCAGUUUGUUUGGGCACUCCAUUCUGUGCAACGAUACAGUACAGGGCCAAGACAGUGUACGGAAAUUUUGAUGUAAAUUUUAGUCAAAAAUGGAAAACUGGGGCGUUUGACUGUACUACUGUAUAUCACAGCACAUGCAGCCACCAGAAUGCUGCUGGAUUGGUUUUAACCUUCAAGGUAACAUUUUUAAUAUCUGAUCUGAUCAAUUGUUGAAAUUCUGAGCAAAUGUGAUAUUUGGUGUUUUUGGUGGUAUCUAGAUACUCUCCACUCUCCCUCCACUACCAGAGCAUCCACAGGUUGUGUGAUAUGUGGUAUAUACUGUAAAUCAGGGUUUGCGUACAUCAGUGACAGAUACAAUGACUAGAAUAUACUGCUUGGAAGGUUACCUGGAAUUUGGAGUCCAAUAGUUUUUCGUAAAUAGUUACAAUUUGUAACCUGAGGGGCUGAUAUGGACUCCUACUUUACCCUUUUUUCGGACAGUGUACAGACUUUGCAGUAUAACCAUGCUGCAUAAAAAACACUCCACAUUAGACAUAUUUCCUCAGAUAGUGACCACAGUUGUUUAUUUGUUUGAGAGAGACCUUUAUUUGUUCAAGUCAUGCAUCCAAUGGGUAAUUGACGCACAACGCAGGGUACUAUUUCAAGAUAUAUGUUCAACAACUGUUCAUAUGAGACACACAGUGUUAUCAUGCAUACAGUACAGGAAGAGAGAGGGCACUGUCACAGACACUACAUUGCAUUUUCGGUACCCUGCAAAUCUCCUCAGAGCUUCAGUUGAUUAUUAAAGCUAUUCAUUUUUAAUGUGAAGGUUUUAAACCGCAAAAUCAUUUCAGGAAGUAGCCGGAGUCCCCAGAGUGUGUCUGAGGUGGGCUUCUAAGAGGUCCACUCUGCUGCGGGAGAAUCAGUUCAGUGGUGUGCAUGGUAAUAUCCAGUGACAGUCCCUCUCUGGUGCAGUGCUGAGGUAAGCCAGUUAGCCCAGCUUUUGUGCAUCCGAUCCAAAGCUCCAAGUCGCUUUGACUACACUCAGCAGUUUGAUUGCAUUGGGCAACCUUGUCGUGCACUGUGCACGCUCCUGUGCUGUGUCUUGAUCUGCCGCUUCCCUCGGAUUGUCUUCACUGUGGAGAAUAGAUCAUUGCCUUUUAGCACUGCAAAGCUUAUAUACUGUAAUGUAUUGCAAUUUGACAUUCUCACAGUGGAUUCCCUCUUUGUCUUCCUCUCACUUGACUGUUUCCAAGGGUAACAAUAUGCUAUAUUAACACCAUCACAGCAAUGUCUACAAUAAAACACUGCCAUGCAAGUUUCUUUGGAGGAGUCAAUAACCAGAUGAAAACAUUCACGUCUUACAUUUUUUGUUCCACUGUUGUGUUAACAACAAGCACGAACAUGUUUAUUUUUACAAAAUGUUGCAUCAGUCCAGCAGUACGUGUGCUCGCCUGCUUCCUGAUAUUUUGCUCUUGCUGUCCGUGUGAGCAGUACCAACACGUGAGAAAGGUUUAAAAAUGAGGUAACCAAAAGAUUCCAUAUUAAAAACGCAAAUUAAAGGACAUCCUGUGCAAAACAUGCAAUUUAAGUGAUACAAAGCGCUUGGAGUACGUUCCCCCCCCCACCACAAACAUGACACCCCCACACCCGCCUUCUUGGAUUUUGAUCAACUCAAUAUUUUAAUGAGUUCUCAGACGCAGGGAGGAAUGUAGUUAAAG